CUAUAGCAAAGGCGGCCCACGGUCCUUUCGGAGCGUGUCGCCGGCUUGUUUGCUUGCAGCGAUUCUCCAGGGCAGCCAUGGCAGAGCCACAGCCAGCGUCCAGUGGUCUUACUGAUGAGGCCGCCCUCAGUUGCUGCUCUGACCCGGAUCCAAGCACCAAGGAUUUUCUACUGCAGCAAACGAUGCUGAGAAUUAAGGACCCUAAGAAGUCCCUGGAUUUUUAUACGAGGGUUCUUGGACUGACGCUUCUCCAGAAGCUUGACUUCCCUUCUAUGAAGUUCUCGCUCUAUUUCUUAGCGUACGAGGAUAAGAACGAUAUCCCCAAGGACAAGACGGAGAGGACAGCGUGGGCUUUUUCCAGAAAGGCUACCCUGGAGCUCACACACAACUGGGGCACUGAAGAUGACGAGACGCAGAGUUACCACAACGGCAACUCGGACCCUCGGGGAUUUGGCCACAUUGGGAUUGCUGUUCCUGAUGUCUACGAGGCCUGUAAGAGAUUUGAAGAACUAGGUGUCAAGUUUGUGAAGAAGCCUGAUGAUGGGAAAAUGAAAGGUCUGGCGUUCGUUCAAGAUCCUGAUGGCUACUGGAUUGAAAUUCUGAAUCCUAACAAAAUGGCAACAAUUAUUUAGUUCCGUGAUGGAGACAGCGGGGACAAGAAACAUCGUGAUUCGAGAUGCUGAGAUGCUGAAGCACCAGAAGUGUUGGGGGACUGAUGGGUCUUUGCUCCAGUUCAAGCCAUUCUGAAAUCCUUUUCAUUGUCCUGAUUCAGUGGGUUUAAAAAAUCUCCCCUCUGUUAAGCCAACCUAGUUUUCAAGUAGCAAUUUAUCUUACGACCUUGACAAAGUUGUGUGAGUUUACUUUUAAGAUAAUAAUUAGAACUGUUCUCCUGAGAGACCACAUGUGCUGCUGCCUGCCUCUUAAAGACUACUCCAGUCUGUUUCUGAUUCAUCAUUUAAGAUUGCGUUUCAAACGUUUCUUUUUGGGGUCUGCUACCUUCUGGGCUUUCGGUUCCUCAGAGAUAAGUUUUCAUAAAGGGAAGCAGAGA